GAGCCCUGUGGAGAGUGCCCUGAAAGACGCUAAGCUUUCGCCCAGCGACAUUGACGAGAUCGUUCUCGUUGGUGGCUCCACCCGAAUUCCCUCCAUCCAAGAUUUGGCAUCAGAACUGGUUGGCGGAAAGAAGCCCAAUCAGAGCGUGAAUCCGGAUGAGGUUGUGGCGGUUGGUGCAGCAGUUCAGGCCGGUGUUCUGGCCGGAGACGUGAAGGAUAUUGUGCUGCUGGAUGUGACACCCCUUUCGUUGGGUGUGGAGACUCUUGGAGGUGUGGCUACUGUGCUGAUUCCCAGGAACACCACCAUCCCCACCAAGAAAACCGAGGUCUUCUCAACUGCCACGGACUCUCAGCCCUCUGUGGAGAUUGUAGUGUUGCAGGGUGAGCGACAGUUUGCCAAAGACAACAAGAUCCUGGGCACUUUCCGCUUGGACGGUGUUCCUCCUGCUCCUCGCGGUGUGCCACAGAUUGAGGUCACCUUUGACAUUGAUGCCAACGGUAUUUUGAACGUGGCUGCCAAGGAUCGGGGUACCGGCAAGGAGCAGACCAUCACCAUUGCUGGUUCCUCCACCUUGGACAAGACCGAUGUGGACAAGAUGGUUCAGGAUGCCGAGGCCAAUGCCGCAGAGGACGAGAAGCGCAAAGAGGCAGUGGAGACCAAGAACAACGCAGAGAGCUUGGUGUACCAAACUGAGAAGCAGCUGCAAGAACUGGCUGACAAGGUGCCAGCAGACCUCAAGGCCAGCAUUGACCCCAAGCUGCAGGCUUUGAAGGACAAGGUCGGCCAAGCAGCCUAUGCCAACACCGGAGCCAGCCCUCCUGCAGGUGAUGCAGCUGAUGCUGGAUCUCCGCCUCCUGGUGAUGCCAAGGCUGAAGCCAAGGGCAAGGAUGAUGUCAUUGAUGUGGACGGACAAUGAGUUGCUCAGACGACAACUCCUCCCCUCGAUUUUCAGGCCAUGUGCAGUUUCGCUCGGGCGUCUGCUGCAUAAAGAUUGGUCUCCUUUGAAUUAUUCAGGUACAGCAUGUGCUAUGCAUGCGCUUCUGCGCACACAUAUUAUGGCAGUUGCGGGUGUUUAUUUGUUUAACGCACAGAGAUUAUGAUAAGUAGUGAUUAGCUG